AUGUGUUAUAAUUGUGGAAAAUUUGGACAUAUAAGUAGAGGAUGUAAUGAAAGGAGAAAUCCAAAUGUGUUAACUAUAAUUUGUAAAAGGUGUGGAAAUAAAGGGCAUAAAACUGAGGAAUGUUAUGUUCCUGCGUAUAAAUUGGUGAAUGAAAUUCAAAAAGCUUGUGGAAAUUGUGGAAAUUUUGGGCAUACUCAGGAUAAAUGUUUUAAGAAUCAACAAGGAGAACCUAAAGCGUUUCCGGUGGUAGAAUAUAUAAAAAAUGGGGGAAAAAAUGCCUAUGAAAAAAGGAAUGUAGAAGACGUAACAUGUUUCAAAUGUCGUAACAUUGGGCAUUAUGCGAGAGAUUGUCCCGUCACAUGA